AUGUCAGUUUAUAUUGCAACACUAGCUAGUUUAAUUGUGCAGAGAUAUUUUAUAAAUUUCUCUUGUGUUUAUAAUAUCGGUGAUUUAGAUAUAAACACCGAAAAUAUAUUUUUAACCAGAACUUCUUUAAAGUUUGCCUUAGAAAUCGACAUUUUUCAACAAAUUAAAUGUCCAGCAUUUGUAAUUUCAAGUGUUCAACCUGACGAUGCUGUAGAACUUAUUGAAAAACAAUUACAACUUAGCAAAAUAUACAAAUUCAACACACGAUAUUAUUUAUUGAUAUGUACUAUCGCACCUAACAGCACGUUUAACGCAACAAUUUUAUUUCAAAGAAAAGUGUUUGAAUCGAUUGUCAACGUGUUGCUUAUGAUUGAACAAGAUGCAUGUGUAAAUUUUUACACGCAUAAUUACUCAGGGAAAACUCCAUUGGAAACGAAAUUAAUUGGCACACUUUGUAAUUCGUAUAAUAUAACUUCUUUGGAUUUGUAUCCGGACAAGCAGACAAAUUUAAUGGGCAGGGAAUUUAUCAUAUCAACAUUUAAUUUUACUCCAUAUGUUUAUAUAGAGAAGGAUCGAGGUGCCGAAUUAUCGAUGAUAAACACAUUUGUACAAAAAUUUAACUACACAAGAAAACUAUUGAUAUCUACUGAACAAUGGGGUGAAAUAUUUAAGAAUUCGAGUGGUACUGGUGGAAGGUACGAUGUGUACAAUGGAGAAGCUGAUGUUGGAGUUGGUGGAUUUUUUAUAUCAGGAUCCAACAAUUUAAUUGAUUCUUCAACCUUUACUUUACGAACGUGGUUGACAUUCUUGGUUCCAUUUCCGCAACCAGCAAAUGGUUUAUCACUGUUAUUAAAACCAUUCCAUUUCGUGGUUUGGUUUGCUUUGUUGGGUGUUCUCAGCGUGCUGGUUGUCGCCUUGAAAAUAUUAUACAAUACAAUUGAAAAUACGACUAAUAAAAAUCGUGCACAAAGUUUAACUUUUGAGUUGAGCUUAGUAAUCCUAGCAGGAUUAGUACAACAACCAAUAAAUUUACCAAUAAAAUUAACUGGUUGUGUAAUAAUUAGUUUUGGAAUGUUAUUGUUGGUAACUUUUUACACCAGUGCAUAUUCAAGUAUUAUGACCAAGAGAUCAUACGCUCCAUAUGUAUCAACAGGAAGACAACUAGAAAAAAGUAAUUUGCCGUUUAUUGUUGUUGAUAAGGGAUAUUUCGCCAGUAUUGACAUAUUGCAAUAUCCAAAUAUUAAAACAAAUCCAUCAAUAGUUGAACCAGAUGAAUUGCAACAAAUACUUAGGAAGACUAAUGAAGUAUCAAUUGCAAUGGAUCAUUUAAAUUUGGGCUAUGCCCUUGGUGAUUAUGACGAUGCGAUUAAUAUAACAACUUUGGAAAGAUUUACAGUACUCAAAGACGAUAUAUCAUUUAAUUGGUGUGUGUUUCCAGUUUAUAAACAUUCUGUGAUUUCACCAGUGUUAGAUAAAUUUAUUGUGCAAAUACGGGAGUCGGGAUUAGAUUAUUAUUACUUGGCCGAGUCUUUUAGAGAUUUGAAUUACGAGAAAUCAGCUUACUUUUCGACUAUUACUCAAGUUAACGAACAAAUACAACAAUUCUUUAAUAUCGAAUCAUUAUCGGGUGCUUUCUUAAUGUUAGUGAUUGGAUUAUUAAUAUCUACUCUUACAUUCAUUUGUGAACAUUUUUGUCAAAGCUGCGUAUAUGACACGACUCUUGUAACUCCAAGUGAAUAUUUUUCGAACUAAUUAUGUUCUAAUCAACUUCAAAAGAAUUAGGAAAUAGUGACCUAUUUUUUUGGUCCGUGAAUCUGGAUAAGCAGAGUAUUAUAUAGCAGAGGGGAGUGUCGGUUUGCUAGAAUAGUUGAAUUAAUAAUUGAUUAAUAUUCGUAAAGUCUUUCAGAGUUUUAGAUUACGAGGAACAAGUAUAUCUACGUAAUAUACAUGAUUAACUCAUAUGGAGACGACUCAAUAUUUUAAUAUCCCUACAAAUAUUUUAAUAAUGAUUGUGAUUAUUUUUGAAGUUAAAUCAUGCAGCUUAAACUAUUUACGUCAAGGUAAUUUAAUGUAAUAAAAAAAACCCAGGCUAUAUCAAAGAAUGCUAAUGCACAGCGAUUUACGUAAUGCAACAUUGAUUCAAAGAAGUAUUGUAUGACUGUUAUGAUAACCUACAUUAUAGUCUAUCUUAGGUAUUCUUGGACCAAGUGACAUGUGGCUUAAAAGAGAGAGGUUAUAUGUGACUUUUGGAGAACGCAGAGUUUGUACUUUAAAGUCAAUCAAUUCAUUAAUUAU